UAUUAUUCGUGUAUAUAUAAGUUAUGAGCAUUAUAUGGUAUAUUGUGGCCAUUUGUGCAUUCCUUGAGAUUGCAUUAGCACAGCGGAAUGCAAUGGAAAAGAUUCCUCCUUCUCCAACUGACAAACUUCUCUUUAAUCCGUCGGAUCCUAUAGUCAAAAGUGAAUUUUCCGUGAUUUUAUACGCCAGAGACAGUGAUUGUUAUUACCAUUACGUUCCCAAGUACGCUAAAAUGCAGUUUCAAUAUCGGGUAAUUACCCCACCGUCGUCGUUUGCUCGUAACGUCAUCUCAGUUGAAAUCAAAGAUCCAAACGGCAUGCGAAUCUACCAUGCUCACUUUCGAUCUAAUAAUGAAAUGUCAGAAACUCCUGCAACUGAAUCAGGUGUUUAUGAAAUUUGUCUGCACAACAGUCUGGAACGAUUCGGAGAAAAAAAGGUUCGAGUUUUAUUUUCCUAUUUAAAUGAGGAUUCGUUCGAAGAAAUGAUAAAAGAACAAAAUGAAACUGACGCUACCACAGAUGCAAUGACGCUAUCCUCACAUAAAAUCGCCAUGGCAGCAAUGCGCAUAUACCGGCAUUUGUACUUUCAGAAAUUAGAAGAUGGUGCUCAUAUGGAACAAAUGAGCUCUAUGCUCGUAUAUGUAGGAAGGGCUUCCAUAGUUACAUGUUUCGUUAUUGCAUUGACCGCUUGGUUUCAAACGUUUGCUUUAAAACGCAUGUUUCAAGAAACAACACGCAAAACACAAGCAAGAGCCUGAUGAUCUGAAUGAAUGAUCUGAACCAUAAAUGAAGAAAAAACUUCGACUAAUUUCAAUAUAUUCGAAUCUGGUUUACUGUUUUCGUUGUUAUUUUGUUUCUUUCAUUAUGGUUCAGCAAAAAGAACAGACUUACCUUCAGAAAAGCCUACUCGGCUUUCAAAAUAUAUAUCUUAUACUCUGGUUAGCGCCUUUUAAAAGGUAUGAUAUUACA